AUGUCCAAGGACAUGUUAAAUGCGUUUUACAACCAAGAAAAGCGAAAUGAAGUGCACGCGCCUCUGCUUGAGAUAUCAUGUGUGAGGGUCAAAUGCUCCCACACAACACCUGCCGCCAGAACUUCCCUUGAAUCCUUAAACAACAACGUUCCACAUCCGUACAAUGGAUGUGUCUGUUACCAGCGUUGCCGUGGAUGGCAAGUGCUGCGGCGGGGGAAAAAAAAGGGCUCGUUCAUUAACAGUGUUUUGAGCCAAUUUUACCCAAUUUCCCUCGCAUUGGAUGAUAAAUUUGUCUGGUCUUGUGGCCGUAAUAUACCCCAGUUUAAAUGUGACAAUCGUCGGCGCGCUAUUUUUAAGAAGAAGUAA